AUGGGUAAGAAAGGAAAGGGUACCGGGUCGUUCGGUUCGCGCCGUAACAAGUCGCACACGCUGUGCCGACGAUGCGGGAAGCGAUCGUACCACAUUCAAAAGUCCACGUGCGCGUCCUGCGGCUACCCGUCGGCUCGCGUUCGUAAAUACAACUGGAGCGUGAAGGCGAUCGGGCGCAAGACCACGGGCACCGGCCGCAUGAGAUACCUUAAGACCCUGCCCCGCCGAUUCAAGAACGGGUUCAGAGAAGGCACCGCGGCGACCAAGAAGGCGUAA